AUCCGCUAUGACAAGACGCCCGCUGUCGCGAUGUUCACCCGCCGCGCGUAUUUCGCUCACGUGCUUGUGUUAUUUUUAAACUCGCCGCUCAUUUUCGCCUCUUUAGAGGGUAACUGUUGUUCGAGGGCCGAAGGUGCAUGCCGAAGUGCUUGUGAGCAGCUAUCUCCGUCAAAUUUUGCGGCCGAUACACAAGCCCGAUUGCAGCGAGUUGCAGAUCUCGAAAACGUUUGCAAUCCUCAAUUGUUUCAUUUCUGGAGGUGUAUUAACGGAACGCUAGAAGAGAUUAAUAAGAGCCCGCAUUGGCAUGGACGACCUUGCUGCACGUUUGCCCAGUCGGAGCGGUGCAAAGAAGCCUGUCUGUCGGCCAACUCCCGAUCGGAUCUCGUGUCCAACUGCAGGUACAGCGACGAGCUCGCUCUCUUCACCUGUGUCGAUCGUCAAAAGUUGGGGGCGGAGUGUUGCAGCAAUGCGCGGAGUCUGGAGUGCGAGGGGGCGUGUCGCGCCGUUUUCCGGAGUCAGCUGACACCGAGCCACCAGGUGAGGAUGGCCGUGACGGAGGCCUGCAGUCAAAACAGCCCCAAAGUGACCCAUUGCCUCAAGAACAUCAUUCGGGUAGCGCCUGUCGCCAACCCUCACAAAUACUUGCAUUGUUGUGAAAAAUCAACGGAUAGUCAAUGCAGAGAAUCGUGUCGGAAAAGCCUGAGAAUAAAAAGCACGGACCACGAAAUAAUCGAUAGCCUGCAAGAAGGAGGAUGUGGACCUCCGCUCCUUCAUCUAUCUAGCUUACCAUUGUGGCAGUGCUUUAUGCAGAAAACUGAGGACAAGGAAAGCAAUGUUGACCGGACAGGUCUUGAUGCAGCGAAACUGCAUUGUUGUUACCGAGCUGUCUCACCACAAUGCAGAAGAUUGUGUCUAGAAACUUUCUCUACCGAGUGGACAAAAUCCUGGGAGAACUUUGAUAAAGAAUGUCUUUCUCAUACCUCUGAGGAAAGUCUCUUCUAUUGUUUAGAGGAAGUGGAGGAGCCGUGUGAGUUGGGUUGUGAUGGCCUCAGUUACUGCACCAACUUUAACAAUCGCCCCACACAAUUAUUUCGGAGCUGCUCCAAUGUUGCUGAUGAGGCAGCGCGUUAUGAUGUCGCUUUGUGGCAACAGCAAGGGACCCUUGUUCUCCCAGGCCUCCAGUUACCUGUCAAAAAUAUUUCGUCAUGUUCGCCUCAAGCCUGGAAAGCUGUCGCUUGCACCAUUCAAAUAAAACCAUGCCAGCGACAUUCUCAUAUCAACACCAUUUGCAGAGAGGACUGUUUUGAACUUCUGAAUCGGUGCCUUGACUGGGAUCGAAUGCCGAAGGGUCACUCAGCAGCAGCUGUUUGCAACAAGCUCUCGAGCAAUUCAGCUGGUCCUUGUGUCUCAUUGCAACCAUUUUUAGAGCCUAGCAAUGCUUUGUAUCCCUACAGAUUGGAUCAGCUGACCACGCCCUGUCGAGGAGACCCUUGUCCUUUCGGUCAAGUUUGCUCUGUCAACCGCAACUGUCGCCUCGGGCUUCAUUGUCCUGCGUAUACUUGCACACCAGGUUGCAAAUUAGGUGAAGUUUCUCAGUAUAUUGUUCCUGAAGGAUCUUAUGUAAGGAUUCCUGCUCCAAGCGGGCAGAAGGGCUAUCUGAAAAUUUGCCGUUGUAUGAGUGACGGCUCAAUUGGAAAGUGCCAGCCAAUGCCCUACUUUCCGUUGGAAGCUUGUUGGCUGGGAGUGAAACAAAUAGAUCAUGGUGCAUGGUUUUAUAUGGAGUGUAAUGUGUGUAGUUGCUAUGCAGGAGAGAUAACAUGCACCAAGAAACAGUGUGAUAUUCCUGCACUAGGAGGCCAUGAUUUUACGUACACUAGCCUCCCUUGCAACUGUGCACGUCACUAUGUCCCUGUCUGUGGUCGGAAUGGAAAUACGUAUCCUAACUCGUGUCUUGCCAAGUGUGCAGGAUUGACUGAUGCUGACUUUGAGUUCGGACAAUGCGAGAGUUUAAACGCAUGUGAUUCAAAAACAUGUCCUGAAGGAGAGACAUGUGUUCGUGCCCGACAAGUCUGCCUGUCCCUCCUACACAAGCCAUGCAAGCAAUAUCAGUGUGUUAACAAGCGAGAAGCCUGUAGCAGUCUACCAAAAGAACACGUCUGUGACACUGAUGGACAGGAACAUCACAACAUUUGUUUCCUAGCGCGCUAUGGCAAAACAUUAGCUUAUCAUGGCCCAUGUCUUCAUGGCUGCAGUAAUUCAGGGCCAGUAUGUGGUGUGGAUGCCAACACAUAUGUAACUGAGUGUGCUGCGCAAGCGCAGUAUGUGGCAAUUGACUACCGCGGACCAUGUACAUCGGUUGGACUGGCAACAACCCACCGUUGCGCACGUGUUGUCUGUCCACCUCUUCCUAUUCCUGACUGUGUUGGCAUUACUCCGCCAGGAGCUUGUUGUCCAGUGUGUGCUGGAGCUUUACGAAUACUCUACAGCCAAAAGCAAGUGGAUAGAGCAUUAUAUGCGCUCAAAGAAGGAGCUGCAAUGGGCUCACUAACAGUUUCUGCUGUAAUCCGUGCUCUUGAUCGACUGAUUCAGGUGGCGGAAUGUUCAGCCAGGGGUCACUUGACGAUUGAACUAGACUUAAUGGUUCUUGUUAUACCAGUGACACCGCGACCAUCAGCUCUGCAACUGGAGGCAUGCGUAAGGGAAGCAGAAAAACUAGCCAGCCUCAUUCAUCGAGGCAGUCCGCGAAUCUUGAGCGAGCUCAGUCUAAGUGCACUCACGGAGGCAACAGUGGUUCACUCAGAAGUUACCAGCGCUGCUAGCUUAUUAGUUUUCCCUAGCUGUGCUGCAAUGUUAGUUGCAGUAUUAUGCGCAGGAAAGUUUCUAACAUAGUAGAUCAGUUACCAUUGUUCGCUUGCUUUGUUUCAAAAUUGAAACAGGCAAUGUUGGUGCUUCAAAAGACUAUUAAGAUGUUUCCAAUAUGUUCCUUUCCCAUUUUUUUUUAAACUUCUGUGCCAGAAUGACUCUUUGUCAAAUGCACAGUAAUAAUGAUGGAUCAGCAAGACUUUUGUCACCAGUAGUGAUUCUUACAAGUUGGCAACUCCUGUUUUUUUCCCAAUUUCAAAAAAUCGACCCUAGAACAGGCAGUCUCUCUAGAUGAAUAUUGAUUGUUUUAAAUAUAUCUGAAUGGACAAAACUCAGUGGUGCCAACUUAUGAGAAUUAUCAUUGUUUGUCACAUAAAAAACAAUACUGCCUAAAUAAACUUUCAAGUAUCUUGCAGUAGCUUGUAAAUAACCUCAUUUCUAUCACUCUAAGCAAGAAAUUGAUGGAAGGUUAAUCUUCUGAUUCCUUCUGCAGUACUAUCUCUUGGAACUCAUCUUCAUAAAAAGACAGUCCGUUUGCUCAUUUCAUUAGGUAUAUUACCAUUGCUAAUUCAAGUCUGCUAAAAAAGUUACCUAGGCAGUAUUGUUGCUUAUGCAAUGAUGUGUAAAAUAUUCUCCUGAAUUUCAUUUACUGAUAUGAGAGUCUAAAAGAAGUCAUUCUCAAAUAACUCUUCAUUUUCGUUUAACCAACUCUGAAAAAAAGUAAAAUAAUUUCAACCAUAUUCCUAGCUGAUUGUGGCGCCAGCCAGAGGCAUGGUUUGUUUAACCACACUCCUUGCUGAUGCAACUACACCUCUAGCUGGCACCAAAAUUAGACAGAAAUCUAGUUGAAAUUACCAUAAUUUUUUUUGUAAAGAACACCAUUUGAAGGUAACUUCGAAACUUUUUUUUUUUUAAUACCAAGAUAUUAGGUAUUCUAGAUUCUAUACAGCUUAAAAGACUGAUAAAAAUAUCUUGCAUCCUUUUUUACCUUGGUCUAAUAAUUUAAAUCUGAUACAGUGGAGGAUUAAGAGCUGAUUCAGAAAUCAUUUUAUUAUUUGGCUACCUCCACUUGUUGAAUAUUUCUUAACCCACCGGAGAUUAUUUGCAAGGUGCAAAAGGUGCAAAUUAUUCAUGUUAUCUGAUCCAAUUUUGUGAGGUUCACUCUUUUAGGAUAAUCAAUCAAUACAUUGUUUAUCCCAUAUGCACAGGCUACAGUGAGAUCUUGAACAAAUGACAUCAAUAGUUUCGUCAAUUUCUUGAGAGAUAAACUAAGCUGAAGUGACCAAACUUGGAUUGGCAUUGACUGAUAUGUUACACUGAAUAAUUUUUGACAUCACUAUCUCUUAUGAUUCCCACAAAGUAUUUGAUUGAAAUCUGAUCUUUGCUCUAGGAAUUCAGAAUUUUGCAUUUCGUAAAAUUAAUUUUCGAAUAUUGUGGAAUCUCACGAAAUUGGAAUCAUAUUUUCAUAUUUUAGAUUUGAUUAAUUAUCUGUGAUACUAAACUUGUUAUUAUGUAUAAUUGUAAAUACUCAUCUUGUAAAUAUAUGUGAUAACUUAGAGUGCCAAAGAUAUAACUGAACACAGAAUUUUCAAUAACUUUAUUUUUUCCUUCCUUGAUGACUCAAAAAUAGGACAUAUUUUCCAUCAAAGAAAAGUUGCGAAGUUGAUGGUAUUACAAAAAUGAUUUUUUUCUUUACAAAAAUUAAAAGAAUAAAAGAAGCUUUAGUGAUGACAGAAUUUGGACUACAAAAGCAAUUAGUGCAUGUAAUAAAAAUAGGUUUGUUCUUUUUUUUUUCUGAUAUUUAAAUUUUAUUAAGUCAAAUAGCCACCAUUAGCCUACAGACUUCAGAUGUAAUUCUAUCGGCUACUGUAAUCAAGUUAUGACUCAAAAUUUUCCAGUUCAUGUCAUUUUAUUUUUAAAGAUGAAUUUUAAAUAUUUCCCCCAUUUUGUGCAUAAUAUUUCUGUUCACCAAGUUGUAGUUAGGUAUAAAUGAAUUCAUAUCAAGAAUCCGUGUAUUUCAUCAUAUUUUAUUUUCCUCUUUCAAGCAAAUUUUGUCCUUACUUCAAGAACAUUUUUAAAAAGUGUACAUUUUUCUAUUUUUUGUUGGAUAUAAUUUUAGUGCAGUAGUAGCUUGAUAAAAAAACAGACAAUCUGACAUUACUAUUGUGCUCAAAUCUGUCUGGUUAGUACUCAUUUACAGAGAAUCUUGACGGUUUCAGCACCAAGAGAAAUCACCGAAAACAAUUUUAAAGUUUUUUUUUAAAAAAAGCAAUGAAAUGAUUAGCGACUGUUAAGAGAGUACUUACUGGAAUUUGCUUGAAAAUCUAUCCAAAAACUAAGCUCCUAUUAUGAUAUGUUAAGCUGGCCGAAAUACUCAUAAUGUUAUCGUCAUCUCAAACUAUCAUCUUAUUUCUGGUCAAAAUAUUUUCAUUGAUGAUGAUAAUUUAAGAUUAUACUGAUUUUUAUGUCACUAAAGUAAAAAUUCCUCAGUAAAAUAUGUGUAUUAUAAAGUCAUGUAAGUAUGUAAGUAAAGAAAAUUAAUCAUAAAUAAAAGAUGUUUUGUAAAA